AUGUCUUUGGCCGUGAAUAUUGCUUCCAAGCUUCGACCAGAGGACGUGCCAAAGGAACUGUGGCUAAUGCUGAUGACCACGGACAACUUGAGGGUGUCCGCGUGUAACCCGCAACCAGGGGACGAUCUCAGCACUUCCUGCGACGAGGCUCUGGAGCUACCCCAGGUGCGGGAGGCUCAACACCCCUUGACGCCGACGGACGUCAGCAACGUGUUCCUUGCGGCGGACAGCCUGCUCAGUCAGGCAUUCGUUGCUGACAUGACGUCGGCAGGAGCGAUUACUGCAUCGGGAAGAGGCGCGGCACCCCACGAGGAGAAUGGGGAGCCUGCUCUCGGCGACUCCUACCGAGAGCUCGGAGGCGGUGGGGUGAUGGAGGAGGGUGGCAAGCAAGUGCGGAGUGCGGGCGUGGCCUGUGAUGACGAGGAGCUAGCCAACAGGUUGCACCGUGAACCAGACGUGCCCCCGACGGGACCCGCUAUGAAGCGCUUCGCCCGGGAGGCUCUGCCAGAGAUGACGAGCUUGGCGAAGACGCUGGAAAGGUGGGUGACGGUGACAUGGCCGUCAACCGCUGCGAGAGCUCAUUGCUUCCGUGGAUGGAUUGGCGAUGAGCAGGUUGGCUCAUCACUUUUGGCGCAAGCUCAAACAAGCCCGAAGCACCAUGUCGCACUGGCACCGCCUAGGUUCGAACAAGCCCUCGUGUAUGGGUCGUUUACCAUGGUGGCCAUGGUGGGUUGA